AUGAGGAUGAAAUCGCCGCUCUUCCUUCCACCCUGUCCUAAUCUCAUCCACCUCUCUGCUCAUUGCCAAAAUAACACACAAGUCCUGGCGGUUCAUCCUUGGCCCCAUCUCCAGAAGUUCACAUACAGCUGUGAUAAGGAUGCGGAGGGAGUCAUUGCAGAUUUCUAUAAUUCCUCCGGUAUUACCACCAUCCACCACAUCCAGUUCGAGGGCUACCAUUACUUCCCCACUCAGGAGAAUUAUCAAGGGAAUUCGCCUCCUUACCACCUACUCAACUUUGAACACACCCCCUCUUUGGUGGCGGUUUCCUUCUCCAAAAUGAUCUGGGCCCAAGACAUUGACGGUCCAACUGACUGUUACCUGGAAAGGGCGGAGCAGCGUCGAAUCCGGUCUCUGGAGAUACACAACCUUCAGCCUGAGAAGGUAGCCACAACGCUGGCCAGCACUGAUAGUUUUGCAAAUCUCUUGGUCACUGUGCCCAAAAACCUCUCCAAUAUUCCUCUUCUCUAUCUCCGCGUGGCUCUCAAUUUAGAUUGGUUUGAAAGUGGACACAUCCCGGCCUGCAUUGAACUUGCUGAGGCUCUCGCGCAGAGGAUCCCCACGCUCCGGGUCAUCAACGUGGAGUUCCUCAAUCAGUUUCCUGAAGAUGGGCUUCGUUGGAAUAGGUGGUGGUGGGUUCAGCGCAACAAUGAGAUUGUCAAGUUGGUCGAGAUGUGGCGAGAGGACGGAUUGGAGGUCGCUGAGAUGAUCAAGAGUCAGGACUUUGGCGAAGAACGUUUGAACGGAUUCCUGACUCCCAGCCGUACUUACAUCAGCUGA